GGCAAAAACAACACGCAAUGCGGACUAUUCCACCGUAUUUUAUUAUUUUACGUCCCCAGUUAAGAUAACAGUAUACCGUGGCUUUCUUAAGUGCACAAUUUGUGUUUUAAAACAGUCGUUUUGUGGCCCGGAGGAUGACGCAGGGUUUUUACUGAACAGCCGCUGCGGAGCGUCAAGUUUACAUUGGCUACUGUUGACAUAAGCAGCCUACAGUAGAAGGCGGCGGCGGGGCAAAUCCGAGUCACAAGACUGCUUCACUCAGCAGGACGGCUGCUUCUCCGUUUCCACAGGAUUUGAGAUGAUGGAAAACCCCGGGUACCGCACCGGGAGCUUGGACAGCCUUCAUCACCCCAGUGACGAUGAUGAUGACGAGAUGGUGGACAUUGCAGGGGCUACACUGGACUUCUCCACCACGGAUGACGACCCUCCUCUCAGCUCAGGAGUUUACGAGGAGCACGGCAGCAGCAGCAGCAGAGCAGCCGGUAUGAACGGUAACGGCCCCAACAAACUUGUGGACCUGCUGGAGGACCCGCUCCCCGGACUGGGCACCUAUGAAGACUUCAACACCAUCGACUGGGUCAGAGAAAAGAGCAAGGACCGGGACAGACACAGAGAGAUCACCAAUAAGAGCCGACAGUCGACUGUGGCUCUGCUGCACAGCGUCAGCGAUGCCUUCUCUGGGUGGUUGCUCAUGCUUCUAGUGGGACUCAUGUCAGGCGCUGUAGCUGGCGGCAUCGACAUCGCAGCCCACUGGCUGACCGACAUGAAGGAAGGGGUUUGUCUCAUCGGCUUCUGGUUCAACCACGAGCACUGCUGCUGGAAGUCCAACCAGACGACGUUCCAGGAGAGGGACAGGUGUCCACAGUGGCAGAGCUGGGCUGAGCUCAUAACGGGGACAACAGAGGGUGCAUUUGCCUACAUAGUGAACUACCUGAUGUACAUCUUCUGGGCUCUACUUUUCGCCUUCCUGGCUGUCACACUCGUCAGGGCCUUUGCUCCGUACGCAUGCGGCUCAGGAAUACCAGAGAUUAAAACCAUCCUCAGUGGGUUCAUCAUCCGUGGCUACCUAGGGAAGUGGACCCUGAUCAUCAAGACCAUCACCCUGGUUUUAGCCGUCUCCUCGGGGCUCAGCUUAGGGAAGGAGGGCCCUCUGGUACACGUGGCGUGCUGCUGCGCAAACAUACUGUGCCACCUGUUCACCAAGUACCGCAAGAAUGAGGCCAAGCGGCGAGAGGUGUUAUCCGCAGCAGCAGCGGUGGGUGUGUCGGUGGCCUUCGGUGCUCCCAUUGGAGGAGUCCUGUUCAGCCUGGAGGAGGUGAGUUAUUACUUCCCUCUGAAAACCCUGUGGCGUUCCUUCUUCGCCGCCCUGGUAGCAGCCUUCACUCUGCGCUCCAUCAACCCGUUUGGAAACAGCCGUCUGGUGCUGUUCUACGUGGAGUUUCAUGCCCCGUGGCACCUGGUGGAGCUGGCCCCAUUCAUCCUGCUGGGAAUAUUCGGAGGCCUCUGGGGGGCGCUGUUCAUCAGGGCCAACAUUGCCUGGUGCAGGAGACGUAAAUCCACCCGUCUGGGUCACUACCCUGUAAUGGAGGUGCUGGUGGUCGCAGCUUUGACCGCUGUGGUCGCAUACCCAAACAGCUACACCAGGAUGAGUGGAGCCGAGCUCAUUUCGGAGCUGUUUAACGACUGCUCGCUGCUCGACUCGUCUCAGCUCUGCGGCUACCAGCAGCCAACCAACACAUCAGAAACAGGUGUAGGCAACAGCCUAGCCGACCGGCCGGCAGGAGAAGGCCUAUACACCGCUCUGUGGCAGCUCGCUCUGGCCUUAAUCUUCAAGAUGAUGAUCACUGUGAUUACCUUUGGCAUGAAGGUUCCCUCCGGUCUCUUCAUCCCCAGCAUGGCAGUCGGAGCCAUCGCCGGCAGACUGCUGGGUGUCGGCAUGGAGCAGCUGGCCUACUACAACCACGACGCCAUCAUCUUUAAAGGGUGGUGCUCACCAGGAGCAGACUGCAUCACACCGGGGCUCUAUGCUAUGGUUGGAGCUGCUGCUUGUUUAGGUGGAGUUACUCGUAUGACAGUGUCGCUGGUAGUCAUCAUGUUCGAGCUGACUGGAGGUCUUGAGUACAUCGUCCCCCUCAUGGCUGCGACCAUGACCAGCAAAUGGGUGGCAGAUGCUUUCGGCAGAGAGGGGAUCUACGAGGCUCACAUCAGGCUGAACGGAUACCCGUUCCUGGAGCCUAAAGAGGAGUUUGAGCACAGCAGCCUAGCCGUAGAUGUGAUGAGGCCACGUAGGUCGGACCCUGCGCUGGCAGUGCUCACACAGGAGGGCAUGACUGUAGAGGAGGUGGAGGCCUUGGUGGAAAGCACUCACUACAGUGGCUUCCCUGUGGUCGUCUCUCAGGAGUCCCAGAGGCUGGUUGGAUUUGUACUCAGGAGAGACCUGCUCAUAUCAAUAGACAACGCCCGAAAACGUCAAGAGGGCAUCGUCAGUGCUUCCCAGGUGGUCUUCACUGAGCAUGCUCCAGCUCAAGCUGCCGAAGCUCCACCACCCCUCCGCCUCAGAGGCAUCAUGGACCUGAGCCCCUUCACGGUCACCGACCACACACCUAUGGACAUCACUGUGGAUAUUUUCAGGAAGCUGGGGCUCCGUCAGUGUCUGGUUACACACAACGGGAGGCUGCUGGGAAUAAUCACUAAAAAAGACAUACUGAAACACAUGGCACACAUCGCCAACAGAGACCCCGACUCCAUCCUCUUCAACUGAGCUCCGCCGUCCUUCCUUCUCGCCAUCUCUCCUCUGUAGACCAGCGGGAGAAGAAGAAGACACCAGCUUGCACACUCGAAUGAAACGCACCUUGUACCUCUUCAACAUUAAAAAAGAAAAAGGCUGUUCAGCGAAAGCCAAGUAAGUCGAGCUCCAUUUGCACAGGCGACUACAGAACAAUGGAUCUUUUUUUUUUUUUUUCCUGUAAGAUGGAGGCGUUUUUGGCUUUUCGAAAGAGUGCACCACUGGAAAAAACUCAGAAACAAUGACUCAUCCUCACUGACACUGCUGGCCCCAAUUUCAUGUUCAACCCAGAAGGAUGUAGUACAGAUACACAUGAGAAAUAAGUCAAUGGAAUAGUUCACAUCUGCUCCUUUUUGGCUUUUUCCUUUCUCUCCUGCUCUUUCUCUCUUUACAAAAAAACAAAAAAAACAGAAGUGAGAAAUCUGUAGCUCCAAGGAGCAGAAAUGCCAUCUUGCUUCUCAGCUGCACCCACGAGAAAGACUUUUAAAAGGAGGUGGGAACAGAUAAUCCUCUGUCAUAGAUACUGACAAGAGAAGUGGAGGAGAAAUAAAGACAUCAGGAGGGAUAAAGAGAGGUGUGGGGAGCUCCGUACCUGCCCUCCGGCUGUCACAGCGAGCCCAGACAGAGCACUCUGAGCUGGGCUGAUGGAUGCCCAGCCACCUCCCCUCUCCCUCCUCCUCCUCCUCCUCCUCUUCUCUCCUGUGAGCUUUCCUGUAGCCUCAGGGGUGAAGCAUACAGGAGUGUGAGAAGAGGAUCUAACACACACACUUACACUCCAUAAAGACUUCUUGACAGCCUGAGAACUCUCCAGAAAUGUCGUCCUUUUUUUUUUUUUUUUGUCAUAUAGACUCUUGUGAUUUGUAAUACGGCGUGAGACACCAGCCUGGGAACUAUGCAGUGUUGUCUUGCCAUAGAGACUCUUCGAUUAUCAACGUGGCUGUUAUAAUUCUCAUCUAAAAAAAGAAAAUCAUACAUGCAUAAUGACAAUGCUGCAAAAACCACGUCAUGCCUUAUGGAAGGGUGGAGGUGUUUCUGGGCUGCUGUGGAAGGGCUAAAGAAUGCAAAGAGAGAGAAUCAUGACACAUGAAUUAAUUUAUGUAAAAUUGUUUGUCCCACUAAAUUAUUUCACUGACUUAAA